CCUACACUAGGCUUUAUUGUGGAACGGUAUUGGGAGAUACAAGCACACGAGUCUGAAGAAUUCUGGACAAUCAAUUGCACUCACAAUUCAGAUGAAGGCACUGCUACAUUCAAUUAGAUGCGUGGGCAUAUGUUUGAUUAUACUUGCGUUGUAAUAAUAUACGAAAUGUGUGUUCAGGAACCCACUGCAACUGUUACAAAAGUUAGACAGCAGGAGAAACUGAAGUAUCCUCCUCAUCCUUUAAAUACUAUUGAGCUUGAGAAACGUGCAUCUCGCUACUUCCGGAUGAGUUCCGAACAAACCAUGAAGGUGGCAGAAGACCUUUACCAAACUGGUUUCAUCAGUUAUCCUCGUACAGAGACUGACAGCUUUUCAGAGAGGACUGAUUUGCGUGCAAUUGUGCAAGAACAGGGGGGGCAUCCUAUAUGGGGUUCAUAUGCUCAACGCUUAUUGGACCCUGGAGAAGGACUUUGGAGGAACGCUGGUAAUGGAUGAUGACAAAGCCCAUCCUCCAAUCCACCCGACAAAGUUUUCUGGUGGACAAUCUGGAUGGAGUCAGGAUCACCAUAGAUUGUAUGAGCUGUUUGUUCGCCAUUUCCUGGCCUGUGUUUCCAAACCAGCUGUAGGAGCUGAAACUACAGUUGAAAUUGACAUUGCUGGUGAAAUGUUUUCUGCAUCUGGGAAAGUAAUACUUGAA